AAUGUUAAUGUCAAAUCAUCCGUUUCAUCUAGUUACUAUAAGGCCUUGACCUAUUAUAAUGUCUGUAUCUAUUUUUAAUUUGUUAUUUUCUUCUCUUAAUUAUUUUUUUUUUGUUGGUUCUGUUAAUGUUAUAUUUUUUUGUUUAUUAGUUUUGGUGUUUGUUUUUUUACAAUGGGUUCGUGAUGUUGUUCGUGAGAGAAUGUUUCAGGGUGUUCAUACUUACUCUGUUUAUAAGUUUUUAAAGUUUAGUAUAGUUUUAUUUAUUAUUACUGAAUUGUUUUUUUUUAUUUCAUUUUUUUGGUCUUUUUUUCAUAAUUCUAUUUCUCCUUCAAUUGAUAUUGGUAUGAUAUGGCCUCCUUUAUGGAUUUUAUUUUUUGACCCUUAUGAUAUUCCUUUAUUAAAUUCGAUUAUUUUGAUUUCUUCUGGUUUAACUGUUACUUGAAGACAUAAUAGUUUAUUAGUUGGUAAUUAUUUUGGAUUGAUUAAUAGUUUAGGGCUGACUAUUUUUUUAGGCAUUUAUUUUUUAUUUGUUCAGCGUAUUGAGUAUUUUGAUUCAUUUUUUAGGAUUAAUGAUGGUAUUUUUGGGUCGGUUUUUUAUAUAUUAACUGGAUUUCAUGGGUUACAUGUUUUUGUUGGGGUUAUAUUGUUAUUUUCUUCUUAUUUGCGUAUUAAAUUAAAUCAUUUUUCUUUGAUUCAUCAUUUUAAUUUUGAAGCUUCUUUGUGGUACUGGCAUUUUGUUGAUUUGGUUUGGUUGUUUUUGUAUAUUUUUAUUUAUUGGUUUUUUAAUUAAGUUUUAAUUUUUGUUUUUUGGUUGUUUGUAGUUGGUAUAUAUAGUAUAAAUACUAUUACAUUUAAUUUCCAAUUAAAAUA